CCCCGAGUGGACCACAAGGAGACACGCGGUGGUCCGCGCUGAGUGGUCCCUCGACCGUGGCCCAGGGCAGACGACGCGUUCCAAGAGACGAUGACUCUGCGCAUGGCCAUGGCCGUCCUGCUGGCGAUGGCCCUCCUGGAGGGCGCGCUGGCCCGCCCCCACAGCCCCGACCCGGAACAGAACCAACUGCCCCCCAUCCGGCACCACAAGCAGCACCACCGCCACGGCGCGCACGGCCUGCACGGCCGCCACCACAUCGAGCUCGAGCGGCGCCAGCUGUGUGGAAGGAACCUCAGCGAGGCCCUGCGGCUGCUGUGCGCCGGCCGAGGCUACUACAGCCCCGACAGCGCCUCAGGGUCCUCGUCGAGGCACGGCGACACCGGCGUGGCCACCGAGUGCUGCUCCCAAGGCUGCUCGCAGCAGGAGCUGGAGCUGUACUGCCAGCCCCGGAAAAACGCGGCGCCGCUCGCCCUCAGCGACUCCUCGCCCGAGACCACGGAGGACCCCGACAGCGCCUCGCUGGACUCGGCACACCAGGCCAACCACAUCAGGCACUCGAUGGAGGCGGCCGGCAGCGCGGACAACAAGCCGACCGUCGUGGGGGGGAAGGUGUCUUCCGACAUGGCCGCCAUGCACUUCAACGUCUCCGAGAUGAUCAAGGUGGGCACCAUCCCCCAGCAGCACUUCAUCCCGGUGCGCAUCCCCCUCCGCCACAAGUCCAACUCGCUGCAGUGACCACCACCGUGCCGACGAGGCUUGGCCUGUUUGGCGAUCGAUCUCAGCUGGCGAGCAGCCUCAUAUCACUUCUAGGCGGCUCAAAACUCGGAUUUAGUAAUUGUUUUUUUUUUUAAUUUUUCUGUCGUUGGAGACAUCUUGUUUUAAAGUACAAACGAGAUUUCGGCAUCCUUCCAACCUUUGAGAAGCAUUUCAUAAAUCCAAUGAUUAAGUUGUUUUUUUAAACGUAUCUCUCAUGUGGGCUUUCGUCCCAAUGCGGAAAUAAGUUCAAUUCGUUUUAAAAUUGGACUCUAACUGUGAUGGCUUAUUUAGACUUCGAGGGUAGUACUCUCAACGUGAUAUAGAAGUGUAGUUUUUCGGCACAGUUCCUAUCUUUUACAAAGGAAGUCAAAAGCCGCGAUGGUUUUUAAUGUAUUUCCCCCGAUUUUUUCCCUUUUCAUUUGAAGUAGAAAUCAUGUUCCUAAAACAAUACUGAAAAGUUUGCAUGCUUCGGUCUCAUAUCGUUUAAUUUGUGUACUGUCUCUCUCGAUCAAACUGUGAGUGUAGCAAUAAACUCAAUCUUUAAUUUAAUAAAAAACGCUUUAAAAGUGACUCAAAAUCAGGAUGGAAUUUGUGCCGUGUGAUAAAAAGGUCAUGUUUAUGUUUCUUGUGAUGUACCUAGUUGUAAAUGGAACGCCGCAGUCUCUGUGAUGGGGCAGGCCCGCUGCCCGAAGCGUAUUACUCCGACUAGUAUUAAACCGCGGUCUGGUUCUCUUCGUUUCAGCAUAUUCAUGUAUUGCAAUUUUCGUGAUAUUCUUCAUGCUUCAUUCCUCUCACUUAUUUAAAACACGGUGAAUAAACUAAGAAGUCUUUAGUAAUUAGUUGUUGAGUUGACUAGAGUUAAGUUAUGAUAUAUUUUUGUACUGUAGCGUUCUGACACUCUUGUACAAAGCGAUCGCAUUGUAUGAAUUAAACAGAUGUUCAGUGAUAGUUCAA